AUGAAAUCAUGCGGUGAAAUGCAAUAUUCACUGUCACAAGCAAGAUCAACUGCGAAACAUGGUGAUCCUAUGCAAGCAGCAAUGGUUUAUUUAGCUGUAUUCCGGCAUAUGAAAGAAAUGGAUCGCUGUUGUCAUUUUGAUGAAUACUGUGAAAUUUUGAAUGACCUAAUGUUGAAGAACGAAGAUUCCGAGAAGCUAAUAACAAUUUUAACACUUAGCAGGGAAUUAUUUCCAAAUCAUCCUUUGAUUCUCAACAUUUCUGCUAAAUUUUUAUUUUCUCUUAAUUGUUAUGUGGAUGCGUUACAACUUGCACAUCAUGCGAUUAAAGAAAGUGAAGGUCGAAAUCGUAUCGAGGCACUCGUUAAUUUUGAAAAUAUCAAAUCUAAUAUAAUGGACCAGUGGCACUGGGCAAUGCUGAAUGAUGAAAAGCGAAAUUCUGUUUAUGCCGAAGCAAUGAAACUGGCGAUUAAAGACGAUUCUCGAGUUUUGGAUAUUGGUGGAGGAACUGGAUUCUUAAGUAUGAUAGCUUACAAAAAUUCUUCAAUUGUGUACUGUUGCGAAAUGGACGUUAAUUUAUGUGAUUUGGCUGAAAAAAUAACCAGUAGCACUAGCAUAAGAAUUAUUCGCAAACAUUCGACCACUAUGCAACUCUUCGAUUUAGAAUCUGAAAAAGUUGAUAUACUGGUAACAGAAACAAUGGAUAGUGGUCUUUUAGGUGAAGGCAUCAUAAUUUCUAUUUUGGAUGCGCAUUAUCGGUUUUUAUCUGAAAAUUCAAUAGCGACUAUGUAUGCGUGCCUCAUAGAUUCACAAUCAAUUGUAGUUGAACACAGAGCUUCAAUUAAUGAAUGUUCUUUUGUGUCCAGAUAUGUUCAAUGUGCAGAAUCAUCACAACUAGCUGAAUCUGAUCCAUAUUGGUGUUGCUAUGUAAAUGAACUGAAAAACGGUUUCACGAUUCUCAGUAAUUGUGAACCUUUGACCUCGAUCGAUUUUAAUGAUAUUGGAUUAUUAGAAGAAUUUUACCAUGGAACUGAAAAUGAAAUCCUCCUCUCUUGCUCACAGAAUGGUUCUGCAAAUGCCAUAAUGGCCUGUUGUGAAUUGUUUCCUGGAGUUCCCAAGUUAUGUACUGAUCCCGAUUCGAAAAGUUGCUGGCAACAAGCAAUAUAUGUAUUGCCAGAACCAUUGAUUGUUCAGUCUGGUCAAAUCGUUAAAAUAAAAUGUCAAAUAUAUAAAGAUCGAAUUAUUUGUACUCUUGCCGACAAAGAGAUAAGUGAUAAAGUGUGUAAUCUUGUUUCGAGCGAAAGUACUUCCCACUUGCGUACUUGUUAUUCUAAUAACGAAAUACAAACUUCAUCAAAAUGUGAAAAUGGCUUAUCAAACCUCUAUAUUGAAAAGUCUCCGACUUCAAUUCGUUGCAUAAAUAAUUUGGAUUUUUUAUUUCUUAAUGAUGCCUCGAUUAUUCCUAUUUUUACAUGCGCAUUAGGAAUGGAUGAUAUUGCUUUAUCGAAAAUUAUUGUUGAUAUUACCGAAAUACCGAAUAUUUCGCUUGCAAUAUUGUCGAUGUAUCCUCUUUGUCGACUAAAAUGUUAUUAUCAACACGAAGAAUUUCUCACAAUUUUGAAGACUUCUCAGAAUUUUAAUCGAAUCAAUUUUAUUUCUCAUGAAGAUUUUCCGUGUUUAGCAGAUAUUGUUUUUUGUUGGCCUAUCACAUCUUCCGGUACUCUUUUCGUUGAUUCAUUGAAUCAUAUCGUUGAUUUGAAGUUAUUGAAUCCAGAUCUGAUCGUGAUUCCGACUCGGAUAUAUAUUCGGGCUCAGUUAGCUUGCUGUCCAAAUAUUAGAAAGCGAGCAAAACCGAAUCUUCAUGCUUAUCAAAAUAUUGAUCUAAAUGUUAUUGAUAAUUUGGCCAUUACUCAUUAUUUUGACGUUGAGGUGCUGUCUAUGGAUUCCAACAUUCUACCAAAUUUUAUUUAUCAAUUAGAAGUGCCCUCAAGCGUUUUGACAACUUUCGAGGGACAAGCUGAUGGCAUUCUUUAUUGGUUUGAAGUAGAAUCUGGUGCUUCGCUAUAUAAUAGUAAAUCAGAAGAAACAUUGGCUCGAUGCACUGUAUAUUUAUUUGAUAAAUGUAUUAAUGUGACAUCUGGUCAAAAAGUCGAGUUUAAGACCUCGCUUUUUCAUGGAAAUUUGGUAAUGGAAAUAGUUUGA